AUUCUACAAACUUUAUAAAUAAAAUAUUAAUAUUUUUUGUUUCAGUUCUGUUGUAAUAUUUAUAGUAUAUGUCUUCUUUGUCCAUCGGACGGGCACAUAAUUAAAAUUAAAUAAAAAAAAACAGACUGAAAGCGACCCAGAUAGAUUGAACCCCAUUUGCUCCGAAUUCAGUUCACGUGUCAAAACCGUGUACGUCAGAGAGCGUUAAUGGGCCCACGUUGUAAUGAAGAAAAACUGUCGACGUGGAGAUGUCGGCAAUGUCGCCUUAAUAAGUUAAGUAUCACCGCAUAAAACGACAACGUAUCUAUCAUCACUAUAAAUAUAAAAGAAUAUCAUUUCAGCUCAGACUCACGGAAAAUCAGAUCAGAGAAAAAGAAAAACGCAGAGAGAAAAGAGAGAGCUACAACUAUGUCUUACUGGGAGAAAGGCCACCAAUACGGAGGAGACGACGACGUUGAUGACUUCGAUGAAUUCGAUCCCACCCCCUACGACGGCGGAUACAAGCAGGAUUUGACCUACGGCCGCCCGCUUCCGCCGUCUGAGGAGACCUGCUACCCUAAGUCCUCCUCCGGUGAAGGGGGUUUCGAUUACGAUCGUCCUCAAUACUCUUCCUACGCUGAGCCAUCAGCCUAUGGGGAGGAAGCUCUUGACAAUGAGUACAAGAGCUAUGCCCGUCCCAAGCCCCGCCCUGGAUCGGGUUACGGUGCUCCAUCUCAGGAAGGGGGAAGUUAUGGGUAUGAGAAGCCUAAGCCCAAUUAUGGAUUCCAGCCUGGAAUGAAUCGCCCAAGCGGUGGUGGUGGAUAUGGUGGAGAAAGCGAGUAUGGCCGGACAGAGGAAGGAUCGGAAGGGUAUGGAUCCGGUUAUGGCCGGAGACAGGAGCAUGAGAGGCCUAGCUCUGAGUACGGAUCUGGGUAUCAGAAGCCCAGUUCUGAAUAUGGAUCCGGGUACGGGAGGAAGAACGAUUACGAGAAUCCCGGAUCGGGAUAUGGUCGGAAGAGCGAGUACGAGGAACCCAGCUCGGAAUAUGGAUCCGGGUACGGUCGAAAGACUGAUUACAACGAACCCAGCUCCGAAUACGGGUCCGGUUACGGUAGAAAGAGUGAGUAUGAGGCUCCAACCUCUGAAUACGGAUCCGGUUACGGGCGCAGGACGGAAUCCGAGGAGUAUGGAUCCGGCUACGGAAGGAAGACAAGCUAUGGAGAGGAAGAAGGUGGUGGUAGACAAGGCUAUGGUGGAAGGUCUGAGAGGCCUAGUUAUGAGACUCAGGAGACCGAAGGCUAUGGAGGAUCAAGCUAUGAGAGGCCUAGCUAUGGGCGAUCUGAGGAAGAGGACUACAAGAAACCAAGCUACGGAAGGUCUGAGGAAGAAGACUACAGGAAGCCAAGCUAUGAGAGGCGUGAUGACGAUGACGAGGGCUAUGGCCGGAAGAAAUAUGGUGGCAACAAGUCUGAUGAUGAUGAUGACGAUGACGAUGAUGAGGAAAAGAAGAAUCGUCGCAAGCAUCGUCACCACCACCGCAGGGAUUAUGAUGAUGAGUAAGCUAAUUGCGCAUUGGUCAUUGUACGGGGAGUUCAUACUAUUUGAAGUGCCUAAAUAAGGAACUCCUGGAUGUGCCUGCAGAUGUUUGUGUCACAUUUUCUUGUUGCUUUUAAAGUCUUUCAGACAAUCAGAUGCUGCAAUAUUCAGCAUCAAGUUUGCUUAUGAUAAAUAAAUUCCCAAAGAUUUUGGGACGCGUGUGUUUGGACAUGCAUAAUAUUCCCAUUUGUUGGUGCAUUAUGAUUUAUGUGAGUGGAUGUUCUGUUACAUAACAUAGGUGACGUCUUCCCAAUCCCAUUUAUGGUAAAAGAUUUUAGUGUUUUUUUUUAUGAUGACUGCAAAGUACCAUUUUUUCCCCCAUUUCCACACACAAAACAUAGUCAUGUAGUAUUAUAUCACGAAAUAAACUUUUUUUAAAAAAAAUAAUAAAAAAUCUUGAUUUUGCUAGCAUUAAAAAAAAAAGAGUCAAUAACCAUUAAAACAAACAAUUCCAUUAGAAAAACCAUCAGUAAAAGAUCUUUUAGUUUUUAGCUAAAUAUCCAUAAGAUUUCAAAUGAAAAUCUCGUUGUAAGAAGAAAGUAAAUCUCCAAUAAUAAAAAGUUCAUUAUACAUAAACACCAAGCUUCAUUAAAAAAAAUAUUUUGAAAUUUAGUCAUACAAGUGUUAGAAAAAACAAAAGUUUCAUCAUGAAAGUCUAUAUAAAAAGCGUAUUCAAAUUUUCCGCUACAUAUAUGUAUCCAUCAAAUUUUAUUGUAUAUCCAUCCAAUUUAUAUGGUAUAAAUAUAUGCAUUAAAUUUUUAUAUGAUGGUACCUGUUGCUGAAACUGAAAGUUGCCCAUUUGAGGAUUUCGCUAGUUAGAUUUGGGAUAGAUAUAGUUGAAUUUGUCGUUGGCUUUACCGCGAAGGAGGAUUUGGGGGGAGUUAGAUUUAGGACUUGUUGAGGGUUUGAAUGGCUACAAUUACAAACUAGAUCUUUGGCCGGGCAUCUUUAAUUUUGUGUUAAUAGAUAAAUGAAUUCUUGAUUUGGAAAAAAAUAAAAUAGCUACAGAUUUGGUUUUUUUUUU